GCGAAGGUCGCGGCCGCCGCACGUGGAGUGAAGAUGGCGGAGGAGAAGCUGCAGUUUCACGAGAUGGGUCUGGACGAGAGGCUCCUCCAGGCAAUUGCUGACCUGGGCUGGGCACAGCCCACUUUGAUCCAAGAAAAAGCUAUCCCAUUAGCCCUGGAGGGGAAGGAUUUACUGGCCAGAGCACGGACGGGAUCUGGAAAAACAGCAGCGUACGCCGUUCCCAUCAUCGAGCACAUACUCAACGCAAAAAAGUCAGUAAACGAGCAGAUAGUUCGGGCUCUGGUGUUGGUCCCCACCAAGGAGCUGGGGCAGCAGGUGCAGCAGAUGAUCCGAGAGCUGACCUCGUGCUGCGCGCGGGACAUUCGAGUGGCUGACGUGUCGGGACAGGCGGACGUUUCUGCACAAAAGCCGCUGUUGAUGGAAAAGCCUGACAUUGUUGUGGGGACGCCAUCACGUAUCCAAACACACCUCCAGCUGAAUAACCUGGACUUGCGGAGUUCUCUUGCGAUGCUGGUGAUCGAUGAGGCUGACCUGCUCUUCUCCUUUGGCUUUGAGAGCGACUUGAAGCAGCUGUUGGGAUAUCUCCCCAAGAUCUACCAGUCAUUCCUGAUGUCGGCUACGUUUAAUGAGGAUGUUGAAGCGUUGAAGGAGCUGGUGCUUCACAAUCCGGUGAUACUGAAGCUGAAGGAGUCACAGCUCCCUGACAGUUCCCAGCUAACCCAAUACCAGAUCAAAUGUGAAGAGGAUGAGAAGUUCCUGUUGAUCUACGCGCUGUUCAAACUAUCUCUAGUUCGUGGAAAAACCAUCCUGUUUGUCAACUCGAUCGAUCGCUGCUACCGCCUCAAGCUCUUCCUCGAGCAGUUCAGCAUCCGGUCCUGUGUGUUGAACUCCGAGCUGCCAGUCCUCUCCAGGUGUCACGUGAUCAGUCAGUUUAACCAGGGUUUCUACGACUACAUCAUCGCCACAGAUGAAGAGAUGCUGCUGGAAGCUGGUGCGUCCGAGGAGAAGAAGAAGAAACCAAACAAGAAAAAUCCCAGCAAAGGCCAGAAAGCGAAGGAUAAGGAGUAUGGUGUCUCCAGGGGGAUAGAUUUCCAAAACGUAUCCAAUGUUAUUAACUUUGACUUCCCAACCACAGUGGACUCAUACAUCCAUCGUGUUGGCAGGACGGCCCGUGCAGACUGCCAGGGAACAGCCCUGACCUUUGUGUCACACACAGAGUUACCACUACUGCAAGAAGUGGAGAAUGCGCUAACUGGAGAGAAUCUGGACUGUGCUCUGAAACCAUACAAGUUCCACAUGGAGGAGAUCAAUGGCUUGAGUUACAGGUGUCAGGAUGCUAUGCGCUCGGUUACAAAACACGCCAUUAAAGAGGCUCGUCUGAAAGAGAUCAAACAGGAGCUGCUAAACUCCCAGAAGCUCAAGACCUACUUUGAAGAUAACCCCCGUGACUUCCAGUUACUGAGGCACGACAAGCCCCUGCACCCGGCCAUCGUCAAACCCCACAUGAAGAACGUGCCCGAAUACCUGAUUCCCCCGACACUGCGGAGAAUCUCCUCUACCCUGAUCCACAGGAGACGGCACAUGAGAGGCAUGGCUUCGGGCAGAAACAACAAGGGAACGCACAAGCUUCUAACCAACCAGAACCCAUUAAAGAAUUUCAAAUACACGGGGAAGAAGAUACAGGGCAGGAAACCACAGGGCAAGAAGACACAUUAAAAGAAGCGAGCGACAAAUAGACUCUGCUAUGAGAAACCAGAUUAUAUUUACAUUUUACAACGGUCUGACUGAGAGAUGUAAACCCAAACUCUUCCGAACCAACUGGGAUUCUCAGAGACGUUUCUUUGACAUGGCUCCUCUGUUAUCUGAAGCGUUUGUAAUUCCCUAUACAGUACCAGAAGACGCUGAUGCUGGAAUAUAUUAUCUCCUGGUAUGUAUUUAUACUGUAAAAUAGCAUAAAUAUCGAUUUAGCCUG